AUAGGUUAUAGAGGUACUUCUGCCAUGUAGCCCCUCCUUGGGGGCUACGCAGAUACCUACAGGCAUUAUCCAUGCCUAUAGGCCAUAGAUAAGCAAAAAAAUUGAAAAUGGCCGACGAGGAUGAGCUUAACAAGCGCAGGCGAGAAGAAUGCGAGCGAAAGGCGAGACGGGGGGAGAUGGACCCCAGGCUGGAGUUCACCUUCCAAAUCCUCAUAGAUGCCACCGGACUACCACGGCACGAGAUCAUGGACCACGUCUUCGAGGGUGACAUGCUUGACGAAAUCAAUCAACUAUUCCUCCCGCACAUGAAAACUAAACUGGUAUGGUUUUAUCAAGACAUGUUGGACACCGAAGCUAUGGCAGCCGUGGAACCUAGUAAACCUAGCACUAGUAGACAGCUACAGCCGAGCACUAGCAGAGCUAACUUGCAACCGAACCCGCCCGUUUAUAAGAAGAAGUUGUUUCUUACAGACGGAUGGGAAAUCCCUUUGACUGGAAUUUGCAUUUAUAUAUUUCGGACUAACAGUAGCAAACAGUUACCUGAAGAAGGUUUCCAGAAGGACCUAUACUGUGGAGUCGUCGAUGCUAAAAGAAUAGGAAUGGUAACAACAAUAGAGCGAGUAAUAGAGCAUGUGUUCAUGGAGGCACUCGCUUAUCCAAGUUUGGACUGUGAAGAUGAUGCAGCGAGCUGCCCAAUGGUAAAGAACCAACUAUUACCCAGUCUUAGAUCAUUUUGUAGCGUCCUAAAAGUGUGCGAAGAAGUGGCCAACGAAGGCAACCUCUUUGAUGACGGUCAAAUACUAAUGAGAAAAAUGCACCAAGAUGAAAUUAAAGAGCUGGCAAAGAUUCCGGAGAAGGUGCAAUCCUUAGAAGAACGAGUGAAACAGUGGUGUAAACGUCUGGAUGAAAUCUUAAAGGAGAGCGAGCAAAUUCGAAGGGAAAACGACUCGUCUGGACCGCAGGACGAGCUGGAAUACUGGAAGAAGCGAGGCGCUCAGUUUUCUCAGAUCGUCAAUCAAGUGAACUCUAGGGAGGUGCAAAUGACCAUUCUGUGCCUCAAAAUAUCACGAUCGAAAAUAUUGAAAGAAUGGAAGGAAACUGAUAAAAAAAUCACGUUUUGCUAUAACGAGGCGAAGGAUAAUGCCAAGUUUAUUCAAGCUUUGGAAACCAAAUGUCAUUCAUUGUAUUUAGAUGAUCCGGUUAAAAUGAGAGACUGUAUUAUGGGACUUUUACAAACUGUCAGGCUUAUUUAUAACGUUUCGCAGUUCUACAAUACAUCAGAAAGAUGUUCUGCUUUAAUGGUAAAGAUAACCAAUCAGAUGAUUGAAACAUGUAAGGGUUACAUCACUUGUCGUGGUCAAGAGAGCAUUUGGUCUCAGGAGAGAGCUUUAAUGAAAGACAGACUAACUCAAUGUAUAAUCCUAAAUAAAGUCUACAGAAAGACUUAUCAGGUGGUGAAGACCCAAGCCAUUUUACCUGCCACAAGACCGUUUAACUUUUCAGAAAACUACAUCUUCGGCAAGUUUGAUGCCUUUUGUAAACGUUUGGCGAAAAUAAUUUCCAUGUUUGACUUGAUCGACGACUAUUCUGGUUUAUUCCAGAGACGCAUGGAAGGGUUGCUCCUAGGGGAUGCUCUUGAAGAAGCAAUUCAAAGUUUCACAGCAAUCAAAUCUACGGUGAUGAACAAACAAUAUGACUAUCUGGAUCAAAGAAAUGCGGAAUUUGAAAGUGACUUCACGGUUUUCUUGGCAAACACUGACGAGCUGAAAGAUAAAAUUGCUGAAACUAUUGAGAGGAACUUCGAUAGUGUUUGGGAAACUCCUCAGGGGAUCAGGUUCCUGACCAGGUUUGAGAAGGUUAGUGAGAAGAUUCCUUUGGCGAAAAUGGAGGAAAAGUAUGAUCGGAUUUUGAAAUAUUGCGAGAAAGAGGUGGACAGGAUCAUUAAGAUGUAUAAGAAGCAAAAAGAUGACCCACCGGUGCCCAGAAUGUUCCCACCAAUUGCUGGUCGAAUUAAAUGGGCCAGAUGCCUGUCAUCCCACUUGGACGAAUUGUUAUCCAGCGUGACCACCCAUCACAUAAUGAAAAACCUUCCUGCUACGGUGGAGCUAUCCAGAAGACACAGGGCGGCGGAAAAUAUGUUUAAGACAUACGAAACUGAUAUGGUGGCCCUAUGGAUGAACCAACAUGUAUCAGAUGCAGAUGGGUGCCUCACGAAGCAUUUGUUAGCCGUUUGUCCAGAGCAGCAAAGGCUUAAAGUUAAUUUACAUACGACGAUACCUUUACUUAUAAGGGAAACUGAUCUGAUGCUCAAGAUGGAUCUGCCAGUUCCUAUGGUCGCGUUGACCCUGUAUGCUAAACGGGAUCAUUUUACGUUAGUUCAGGAUUCACUUCAGUUUUUAAUCAACGACUUCCUAAAAUCAGUCCGCAGUGUCAAACAAGAGGUCCGCCCCUUAUUCCUACCACACUUGAUAAAACUCUCCAACAAAAUCGAGCCGGGUCUUAAUCAACUGGACUGGGUCUCUGAAGAGUGGCAGUCUUACAUAGAUUCAGCAAACUCCGCCAUAAAUAACUUUAAAAUACUUACCGAAAGAAUCCAUGAUAUUUAUGUAAAUAGAGUAUUGGAGGUGCUGACUAGUAUGCAAACCAUACAGCUGCAUGCCUUACCAGAUGAUGGAGACCCUCCUUGGGAAAUCGAUGCCUUUUGUGAUCAAACCGAUGAAAUUUGUCGCUCUUCAGCCGCCGAACUGCAUAAGAAAUGCAUGAUGGUAGAAGAAGCUGUUGAAGAAAUUCUAAUUUUAGUGAAGAAAGCUCGCAUUGAUAGCACGGAUUCAGUGGACCAAGAUGGUGCUUUUCUAUUCGCAGAAGAGGAAAAACCACCGGACGGAGGAACGGGGUCUCAACAACCAUCUGACUGGUCGCUGGUCUGGGAAUGUUUUGAGAAACCUCAUCUAUUGUUCAGCGGAGGCAUGAGCAAAGCAAUGAACGAAGUUGUUAGGGGAGCAGUAGGUGAAAUGAGACGGUACUAUACCAGAAAAGUAAUUGACGUUCUAGUCAAAGUGACCAGGCAGUCUCUGGAUGCUUUACGGAAGAGAUUUUGUGUUGAAUAUAAAGAUGAGAGAACUCCGGUGUUUAUUCUGAACGCCCUACUGCUUAUUCCCAAAGUGGGUGUUCAACCGAAUUUGGAUGAAGUUCAGGAGGUUCUUAAUUUGGCUGGUAAAAACAUCACCUCAGUUUCUAAAGGGGUGGGACAGUGGGCCGCAAGCCAAGACGGUGCGAGUGCCAGUAAACGAUCCGUAUGGAAGAAGAUUGCUGGACCUUCUGCCAAUCUUAUGGAUGUGGUCAAUAAGUCUAGACUCAUACAACAACAAAAGAAGAUCACAACCAAGCCCAUAGUGAAGACCAAGGAGGACGACUUCCGCAUGCGCCGAAGAAAACUUUACAGACUCAUGACCGAAGAAAAACCCAUGUUUCCACUGCAACAACGCAACUUUUACAACCACGUGAUGGAAAACAAGGAAGUGAUCAAAACCCUGUCGCUGUUGACAUCUUGCACACAAGAUAUGCGUGCUGAGAUGUCACAGUUUCUCUCGAGAUGGCGUCCCUACAGCAUCUUGUGGAGAAACGAGAAAUCUCAGAGGGAGCUCCUCAACUGUCAACUAAGCGAGUUCGAGGCCUCCCUGCGCAAACACGAAGAGCUCAACGAGCGACUCAGUACCGAACCUGACGUCUUCACCAUUGCCAACUGCCUGGCAAUUUCUACGGAGAAGCUUAAGUAUGGAAUCAUGACUGAGAUUAAGUCAUGUACUCACAGAAUUGGCCAAGCAAUGAAGAAGAAAUAUCGAAGAGAAAUGGACUACGUAUACGCAGUAAUAAACGAGAUGGAACGAAAACUGGAGCGAACCAUACGAGACCUCGAUGACGUCCGAAUGAUCAUGGACACCCUUAAGAAAAUACGAGAACAGGAGGUGGAUAUGGAACUUAGGAUCGAUCCCAUAGAGGACGCAUUUAAUGUCCUUAACCGGCAUGAGGUAUCUGUAGAGAGGGAAAUCAUUGAGCAGGUGGAUAACCUGCGAUACACUUGGAGGCAGUUGCUAGAUAACGCCCUGAAAGUCCAAGUGAACCUCUUGGACAUGCAACCUCAGUUUCAGAACGACCUCAAGAACAACUUGGAGAAGUUUAGGCAAGACAAAAUUGACUAUUGCAAUGAGUAUCGUACUGCUGGUCCUAUGCAAGCUGGUUUAACCCCCAGGGAAGCUUCGGACAGGCUAAUCCUCUUCCAAAACCGUUUCGAUGGUAUGUGGAGAAAGCUUCAAACAUAUCAAAGUGGCGAGGAGCUCUUUGGUUUGGCCACUACAGACUAUCCAGACUUGGCACAGAUACGAAAAGAACUAAACCUACUUCAGAAAUUAUACAAACUAUACAACGACGUCAUUGAUAGAGUAAACAGCUACUAUGACAUACCCUGGGGUGAAGUGAACAUCGAGGAAAUUAACAAUGAGCUGAUGGAGUUCCAGAAUCGUUGCCGAAAACUCCCAAAAGGUCUCAAAGAAUGGCCGGCGUUCUUCGCCUUAAAGAAAACCAUCGACGAUUUUAACGACAUGUGCCCCCUAUUGGAACUGAUGGCUAACAAGGCCAUGAAACCGCGCCAUUGGCAAAGGAUCAUGGACUCCCUCAACCAUAUUUUCGAGCUGGAAAGCGAAGGCUUUUGCCUCAAAAAUAUCCUCGAAGCUCCCCUGUUGCAGCAUAAAGAAGACAUAGAGGACAUUUGCAUCUCUGCCAUGAAAGAACGAGAUAUUGAGGCGAAGCUGCGUCAAGUUACUAACGAAUGGAGCAUCCAUGAGUUGACUUUUAUGACUUUUAACAACAGAGGUGAGUUACUGCUGAGGGGUGACACGACUGCCGAAACUAUCGGACAGUUGGAGGACAGUCUUAUGGUGUUGGGCUCCCUAUUGUCCAACAGAUACAACGCACCAUUUAAGAAGCAAAUUCAGCAAUGGGUACACGACUUAUCUAAUACAAAUGAAAUUCUUGAGAGGUGGUUGUUGGUGCAAAAUAUGUGGGUUUAUUUGGAGGCCGUGUUUGUUGGAGGUGACAUUGCUAAGCAGUUGCCAAAAGAAGCAAAACGCUUCUCGAAAAUUGAUAAAUCAUGGCAGAAAAUUAUGCAGAGAGCCCAUGAGACUCCUGGGGUGGUCAGUUGCUGCGUUGGUGAUGAUAUGCUUAAGCAGCUCCUACCGCAUCUUCAAGAGCAGCUAGAGAUUUGUCAGAAGUCGCUUAGUGGUUAUCUGGAGCGCAAGCGUAUGAUGUUUCCUAGGUUCUUCUUUGUGUCCGAUCCAGCUUUGUUGGAAAUUCUUGGGCAGGCCUCUGAUUCCCACACAAUCCAGAACCAUUUGCUCUCUAUCUUUGAUAACACUAAAUACGUGAAGUUUCAUGACAUAGAGUAUAAUAAGAUAACUGCCAUUAUAUCUUCGGAGGGCGAGUUGAUUCAGUUGGAAAAGGCGGUGAGGGCAGAAGGAAGUGUGGAAACCUGGCUGACACAGUUAUUGCAGACCUCCCAGGCGUCGUUGCAUUCGAUUAUUCGGACAGCUUUUGCGAUGAUUAAUGAUAUUAACUUUCAGUUGCUAGUUUUUCUUGAUAAGAUGCCUUCUCAGAUUGGUCUACUUGGUCUUCAAAUGAUAUGGACAAGAGAUGCAGAGCUUGCUCUACUGCAGGCCAGGCACGAUAAAAAAGUGAUGCCCGAUACGAACAAUAAGUUCUUGGAGUUAUUGAAUACGUUGAUCGAUCAAACCACUAGGGACCUCACCAAAAUUGAACGUACGAAGUUUGAAACUCUUAUUACGAUUCACGUCCAUCAGAGGGAUAUUUUUGAUAUCUUGUGUCGUUUAAACGUUCGGCACGUCAAUGACUUCGAAUGGCUCAAGCAGUGUCGAUUUUACUUCAAAGAAGAACAAGAUAAAACUCUCAUUGUAAUCACUGAUGUCACUUUUUCGUAUCAAAAUGAAUAUUUAGGAUGUACUGACCGGUUGGUCAUUACGCCCCUUACAGACAGGUGCUACAUUACUCUGGCUCAAGCACUAGCAAUGAGUAUGGGUGGGGCACCCUGUGGACCAGCAGGAACUGGUAAAACGGAAACUGUCAAAGAUAUGGGUAAAACUUUGGCUAAAUAUGUGGUGGUUUUCAACUGCUCUGAUCAAAUGGAUUAUAGAGGUCUUGGAAGAAUAUACAAAGGUUUGGCUCAAUCAGGUUCGUGGGGUUGCUUCGACGAGUUCAACAGAAUAGAAUUGCCAGUCUUAUCCGUAGCUGCUCAGCAAGUAGCUGUGGUCCUCGCAAGCAAAAAAGAAAAAAAGAAAUCAUUCCAGUUCACCGAUGGCGAUAUUGUCGAAAUGUGCCCGGAAUUUGGAAUAUUUAUAACCAUGAAUCCUGGUUAUGCGGGAAGAAAAGAACUCCCAGAAAAUUUAAAAAUCCAGUUUCGUACGGUGGCCAUGAUGGUACCAGACCGACAAAUCAUCAUCAGAGUCAAAUUGGCCAGUUGCGGUUUUCUGGAGAACAUCACAUUGGCCAGAAAAUUCUAUACACUCUACAAACUGUGCGAGGAGCAGCUCACCAAACAGGUCCACUACGACUUCGGGCUCAGAAAUAUCCUGUCGGUGCUCAGAACACUCGGGGCAUCGAAACGCGUUAAUAACAAAGAUUCGGAAAGCACCAUAGUUAUGAGGGUGUUGAGGGACAUGAACUUAUCCAAACUCAUAGACGAAGACGAGCCGCUGUUCAUUUCGUUAGUAGCUGAUUUAUUUCCUAAUCAAGUGUUGGAAAAGACCGCUUAUCCGGAACUCGAAGAGGCCAUUGAUGCACAAGUGCAAGAAGCAGGACUUCUGAAUCAUCCUUCGUGGUCUUUGAAGCUUAUUCAGCUAUAUGAGACUCAGCGAGUUAGACAUGGGAUAAUGACUUUGGGACCAUCUGGUGCUGGAAAAACCAGUUGUAUUCAAAUAUUAAUGAAGGCUUUAACUCAAAUGGGGACUAUUCACAGAGAAAUGCGUAUGAAUCCAAAAGCCAUAACAGCCGCCCAAAUGUUCGGAAGACUGGAUGUAGCCACGAACGACUGGACCGACGGUAUCUUCUCCGCCCUCUGGAGGAAAACCUUGAAAAUAAAAAACGGAGAACAUAUCUGGUUGGUCCUAGACGGUCCAGUGGACAGCAUUUGGAUAGAAAACUUAAACUCCGUCUUGGACGAUAACAAAACCCUCACUUUAGCCAACGGUGAUCGUUUAUCCAUGGCCCCCACGUGUAAAAUCAUUUUUGAACCGGAAAAUAUCGAUAACGCUUCUCCUGCUACGGUGUCACGUAACGGAAUGGUUUAUAUGAGUUCAUCCGGCCUCACGUGGAAACCCAUAGUGAAAGCCUGGCUGAUGAAGAGAACACCCAAAGAGCAAGAGACUUUCACUCAUCUCUUUGAUGAGUAUUUUGGAGUUCUUCAGGGAUGGGGCGCGCAGAAUCUCACCUUGGUGAUGUUGGUCUUGGAAUGCAACAUUAUUUUGCAAGUUAUAAACUUGCUUGAGGGAUUAAUUCCCAAUCAGGCGGAAAUCACUGAAGAUACGUCAGCGUCCAAGUCGGAUAUUGACGACGAGGAGCUCUUAGAAGAAACGGAGAAGGUUGAGGAGCGUAAAAUUUUUACGUCAGAACAUUUGGCCAAGUUGUUUGUGUUCGCUCUCACUUGGGGACUGGGUGCUUAUCUGGAAUCUGAUGAUAGACUUAAGUAUAAUACUUUUAUUAAAGAAAACUUGACGGAGUUGGAUUUGCCCAAGAAUAACAAUAAAAAUCCUGAUGCCACCAUAUUUGAUUACGUAGUAAAUUCUGAUGGGGAGUGGGUUAUGUGGAACACCUUAGUCACCAACUAUGUUUAUCCAGAACUGGCUACUCCUGAGUUUGCUUCUAUUCUCAUCCCGAUCAUGGAUAAUGUCAGGAUUAAUUAUCUGAUAGAUACCAUAGCCAAGCAGGAAAAGGCUGUAAUGUUGAUAGGAGAACAAGGAACUGCUAAAAAGGUGAUGAUGAAAUCUUACAUGAAAAAAGCAAAUCCAGAGGUGUAUCUGCAUAGGGCAUUCAACUUCUCCAGUGCUACCACACCUUAUCAAUUCCAGAAAACUAUUGAGAGUUACGUCGAGAAGAGGAUGGGGAACACCUUUGGGGCACCAAAUGGAAAGAAACUAAUUAUUUUUAUAGACGAUAUCAAUUUGCCUGAGAUCAAUUGCUGGGGAGAUCAGAUAACGAAUGAAAUUGUCCGACAAACCAUGGACAUGGGCGGAUUCUACAGUCUGGAAAAACCCGGAGAAUUCGCCACCAUCGUAGACGUCCAGUUUGUGGGAGCCAUGUCUCAACCAGGCGGCGGUAGAAACGACAUACCAUCAAGACUCAAACGACAGUUCAGCAUAUUUAAUUGCCCUCUACCGGUAGACUCUUCGAUUGAUAAGAUCUUCGGGGUCAUCGCACAAGGUCACUAUAACGUCAAAAGAGGUUUCACUUUGGAGGUGCGAAAUCUCGUCAAAAAACUCAUUCCUUUAACGAGGAUUUUAUGGAAGAAUACCAGGACGAAGCUGCUGCCUACUCCUGCAAAAUUCCACUAUGUGUUUUCUUUAAGGGACUUAUCCAGAAUCUGGCAAGGAAUGAUUGGCACUCUAUCAACUGUAAUAGAAUCAGAGGGUUGCAUGAUGGUACUGUGGAAACACGAAUGCGCCAGAGUCUUUUCAGAUCGGUUUACCAUAGAGAAAGACAAAGAGUGGUUCAAUGAAGAGCUGCUAGAGUUAGUAGAAGCCCAACUAGGAGUCGAGCUAAGGCAAAAAACCGAGCCCAAUCCAGUUUUUGUGGAUUUCAUGCGAGAUGCCCCAGAACCAACAGGAGAAGAAGGCGAAGACGCUGACAUGGAACUUCCAAAAGUCUACGAACCUGUGAGCAACGAAAAUGAACUGCGGGAACGUUUGGAAAUGUUCUUGGCACAAUUUAAUGAAAUGGUCCGCGGUUCUGGAAUGGAUUUGGUCUUUUUUCCCGAUGCCAUGCUACAUCUGGUAAAAAUCUCCAGAGUUAUUAGGCAUCCUAGAGGAAACGUCAUGUUAGUAGGUGUUGGUGGCAGUGGAAAACAAUCCUUAACAAAACUAUCUUCAUUCAUCGCGGGUUACAAGACUUUCCAAAUAACCCUUACAAGAUCAUACAACAUCGCCAACUUCCUAGAAGACCUCAAAGUUCUUUACCGCUCCUGCGGAUGCCAAGGCAAAGGCACCACCUUCAUCUUCACCGACCUGGACAUCAAGGAGGAAGGCUUUUUGGAGUACCUUAAUAACAUAUUAUCAUCUGGAGUAAUUUCUAACCUAUUCACCAAAGAUGAACAAGCAGAAAUCAUCCAAGAACUAACUCCAAUCAUGAAACGAGAGAACCCCAAGCGUACUUUAAACCAAGAAAUUGUUAUGGAGUUCUUCAUGAACCGCACGUGCCAGAACCUACACGUGGUUUUCUGUUUUUCACCUGUGGGCGAAAAAUUCAGAAACAGAGCACUACGAUUUCCAGCACUUAUCUCCGGUUGCACGAUCGACUGGUUCCAACCAUGGCCCAAAGACGCUUUGGUCUUGGUGGCGAAACAUUUCCUCACAGAGUUUAAAAUCGCUUGCACCGAUAAAGUAAAAGAAGAACUGGUAAACGCUUUAGGGUCUAUCCAAGACGUUGUGGCUGCUACCUCAAGCGAAUAUUUCCAAAGGUUCAGAAGGGCCACCCACGUAACACCCAAGUCCUACCUGAACUUCAUUGCUGGAUAUAAAAGCAUCUACAACAGCAAACAGAAGGAACUAAGCGACGGAGCUUUAAGGAUGGACACUGGACUGGAAAAACUGGCCGAGGCCUCCUCCUCAGUGCUGAUUCUUAAAAAAGAGUUGGCUGUAAUGGAGAAAGAACUGGCCGAGGCAUCGCACAGGGCCGAGCGAGUGCUCACCGAGGUAACUGAGAGAGCAAUGCAGGCAGAAAUAGUGAAAAAUCAAGUGCAGAAGGUGAAGGAGAAAGCUGAGGCUCUGGUGUCGUCUAUUGCAGAGGAGAAAGCGAGGGCGGAACAGAAGCUUGAAGCCGCAAAACCCGCUUUGGAGGAAGCUGAAGCUGCUCUUAACACUAUCAAGCCUGCUCAUAUUGCUACUGUAAGAAAACUGGGUCGACCACCUCACCUAAUCAUGAGAAUCAUGGACUGCGUCUUAAUCUUAUUCCAGAGAAAGAUUCAUCCACUAGUUCCAGAUACUGCAGCCCCAUGUCCAAAACCAUCCUGGCAAGAAUCUCUUAAAAUGAUGGCCUCAACAACUUUUCUGCUCCAACUGCAAAACUACCCCAAAGACAUCAUCAACAAUGAAAUGGUCGAACUGCUACAGCCCUAUUUUGAAAUGGAAGAUUAUAACAUGGACACUGCUAAAAGGGUUUGCGGUGAUGUAGCAGGAUUGUUGUCCUGGACCAAAGCGAUGGCAUUCUUCCACAGCGUUAACAGGGAGGUUUUACCCUUGAAAGCCAAUUUGACUCUACAAGAAGCGAGAUUAAAGGUGGCCAUGGACGAUUUGGCGGGAGCAGAACAGCAACUAGAAGAGAGAGAGCAAUCACUGAGACAAGUAAAAGAACAAUACGACAGUGCAGUGAUGGAGAAACAAAGACUGACAGACGCGGCAAACUUGUGCUUAAGAAAAAUGAAUACAGCAACAACUUUAAUCAAAGGGUUGGGAGGUGAAAAAGUGAGAUGGACUCAGCAAAGCAAAGAGUUCAAAGAACAAUUGGGAAGAUUAGUAGGUGAUGUGCUGCUAGCAACCGGAUUUCUUUCAUACUGCGGCCCGUACAACCAAGAGUUCAGAGCAGGAUUAGUAAAGACUUGGAUGGAAAUUUUAUCCUCAAGGUCGAUUCCAUAUACAGCAAAUCUGAACAUCACCAAUAUGUUAAUUGAGAGCGCCACAGUGUCCGAAUGGACCCUUCAAGGCCUUCCAAACGAUGAACUAUCCGUUCAAAACGCCCUUAUAGUAACUAAAUCCAGAUCCUAUCCACUUCUGAUCGACCCUCAGACCCAAGGGAAAAUGUGGAUUAAAAACAAGGAGGGCGCCAACAAUUUACAGAUUACCAGCUUAAAUCAUAAAUAUUUCAGGACGCAUUUGGAGGACUGUUUAUCCUUAGGGAAACCCUUGCUUAUUGAAGACAUUGAUAUAGAGUUGGAUCCAGUUCUCGAUAACGUAUUGGAGAAAAACUUUAUAAAGUCUGGAAGCAUCGAGAAAGUUGUCGUAGGUGAUAAGGAGUGUGAUGUUCUAAAAGGAUUUAUGCUUUAUAUCACCACAAAGCUACCCAAUCCACCUUAUUCUCCAGAGAUCAGCGCGAAAACCUCCAUUAUUGACUUCACUGUUACCAUGCUAGGCUUAGAAGAUCAACUGCUGGGACGGGUGAUUCUAAUGGAGAAAUCAGACUUGGAAGCCGAACGAGUUGCCUUAUUUGAAUCCGUCAUGCAAAAUCAGAAGCGGAUGAAGGAGCUUGAAACGAAUUUGUUGAGCCGGUUGAAUUCUACCGAAGGGUCUUUGGUGGACGAUGAAGAACUUAUUAAUGUACUUCAAGUAACUAAAUCUACGGCAGAAGAAGUAACUCAAAAACUCCUAGUGUCCGUCCAAACUGAAAAAAAGAUCAAUGUAGCCAGAGAGGAGUUCAGAGCAGUAGCAGCCAGAGGGUCCAUCUUGUAUUUCCUCAUAGUUGAGAUGAGCAACGUGAAUGUCAUGUACCAGAACUCACUAAAACAGUUCCUCAUUAUCUUUGACAGUUCAAUCACCAAGUCGGAGAAAAGCAACAACACCACAGAGAGAAUUGAUAUUAUUUUGAAAUAUUUAACUCAUGAGGUGUGGAUAUUCACUCAAAGAAGCCUCUAUGAGCGACACAAGUCCUUAUUUACUUUGAUGAUGGCCAUGAAAAUUGAUUUACAAAAAGAGGUGAUUACCCAUGAAGAAUUCAUGGCAUUUAUAAAAGGUGGUGCUUCUUUGGAUCUGAACGCUGUACAGCCCAAGCCAUUUAGAUGGAUUUUGGACAUCACUUGGUUGAAUUUAGUGGAAAUUAAUAAGCUUUCGGUGUUUGCUGAGCUGCUGACAAAGAUCGAAUCAAACGAGAGAGAAUGGAGAGUUUGGUACGAGAAAGAAAAGCCAGAAGAAGAAGACAUACCUUGCGGCUACCAAAAGAGUUUGGAUGUGUUUAGGAAACUUUUGCUCAUAAGGUCUUGGAGCCCCGAUAGGACCCUAUCGCAAGCUAGAAAAUAUAUUAUGGAUUCCCUUGGGAAUGAAUAUGGUGAGCCUUGCAUAUUGGAUCUGGAAGCCACUUGGGCCGAAUCAGAGCCUCGCACUCCUUUAAUCUGUAUUUUAUCCAUUGGAUCGGAUCCGUCUCCGCAAAUUGCCGCUUUAGCAAAAUCCAAAGAUAUCCCUUUAAAAUCAGUCUCCAUGGGCCAGGGGCAAGAAAUCGUGGCCAGAGACAUGAUCGAGAAAUCGAUUCUUAAUGGUGGAUGGGUUUUGCUACAGAACAUCCACUUGUCCCUUCCGUUUGCCACGGAGGUGAUGGCGUUCUUGGUGGAUGCAGAAGAGAUUGAAGAUUCUUUUAGGAUUUGGCUUACGACUGAGGUGCACGAGCAAUUUCCAAUUGGGUUACUUCAGAUGGCCAUUAAGUUUACCAACGAGCCUCCGCAAGGAAUAAGAGCGAGUUUAAAAAGGACCUACCAAAAUAUCACUCAAGACUUCUUGGACUAUUCUACGCAGUCUCAGUGGCCCCCAUUGUUGUACGCGGUGGCAUUUUUGCAUACAGUUGUACAGGAAAGAAGGAAAUUCGGACCAUUAGGCUGGAACGUGCCAUAUGAGUUUAACCAGGCGGACUUUGCAGCGAGCGUCCAGUUUAUUCAGAACCAUUUGGACGAUAUGGAUCCUAAAAAGGGCGUAUCCUGGCCCACUGUUUGUUAUAUGUUGGGCGAGGUUCAGUAUGGAGGACGUGUAACCGAUGACUUUGACAAGAGGUUGCUAACAACAUUUACACAGGUAUGGUUUUGUGACGUCCUCUUGCGUCCAGGUUUCGAAUUUUAUAAAAGCUACAAGGUGCCGCAAACGAGAAAUCUUCACGGUUACAUAGACUACAUUAACAGUUUGCCAGCCACAGAUACCCCGGAGGUGUUUGGUCUUCAUGGAAACGCUGACAUCACUUAUCAAAUAAAUACUGCAAAAGGUAUUUUGGACACCAUUUUAAGUGUCCAACCGAAAGAAGGGGGUGGCGGUGGUGGUGAAACGAGAGAAAGUGUCGUUUACUGCCUCGCAGAAGACAUGCUAGCGAAACUACCAAAUUUGUAUAACUCUUUUGAGGUAAAAGAGGCUCUUGUAAGGAUGGGUGCGCUGUUGCCCAUGAACAUCUUUCUAAGACAAGAGAUUGAUAGGAUACAAAGGGUGAUUAAAGAGGUGAAAUCCACUCUAUCAGACUUGAAACUCGCGAUAGACGGCACGAUAGUUAUGAGUCAAAAUCUAAGAACCUCACUGGAUGCCAUGUAUGACGCAAGAAUUCCAGAGAAAUGGCAAAAGAUUUCUUGGGAAUCAGCUACACUGGGUUUCUGGUAUACAGAACUGUUGGAGCGAGAUGCCCAAUUUAGGAGCUGGUGUAACAACGGAAAGCCAAACGCUUUCUGGAUGACUGGCUUCUUCAAUCCACAAGGAUUCUUAACUGCUAUGAGACAAGAUGUCACAAGGGCGCACAAAGGUUGGGCAUUAGAUUCAGUGGUAUUGCAAAAUUUAGUCACUAAAUACAACAAAGAGGACAUAAAAGAAGGACCUCCGGAAGGGGUAUAUGUACAUGGACUAUUUUUAGAAGGCGCCGGCCUGGACAGAAGGACUGGGAAACUUAUCGAAAGCAAACCCAAGGUCUUAUAUGAGCAAAUGCCGGUAAUUUAUAUCUACGCGAUUAAUACUACUGCAGGCAAAGACCCGAAACUGUACGAGUGUCCAAUUUAUAGAAAACCGCAAAGAACAGACCAAAAAUACGUGGGGAGUAUCGAUUUUGAAACCGAUCAUAACCCUAGACACUGGACGUUAAGAGGGGUGGCUUUAUUAUGUGAUAUUAAGUAGAAAUGAGUGAAAAAGUUGUGUAAAUUAAAGAGAUAUGACGUAUA